UGACCGCGGGCCACACCUUCAUUAUGCUCUGAUUCUGGAAACUUCAGCGCAGGAAACGGCUGCCUCUCACACUUCCUUUCAGGCAUGUGCAUUGUUGUUCUGUGCAAGGACCCCCCCCUAGAUGCGACCCUCACCCCCAGGCCUUCGCAAUCAGCUUCCUUCCCUCCACUUCCACAUACCGACCCCUCCCCCACGAGGACUUCUGUUCGACCUGGAUGGAGUCUAAUCCUAAACCAAUUAAGAGUGUUAAUCCCCAGGAGGCCAGAUGAUGAAACAGCUUUCUAAUCUGGAGAGCACGCUUGAGUGGCUAGGUGGCUCUGUGGGAAGAGUAGUUUCGCAGGGACAUUUGCAUUUACCACUUCCUUAGGUCUGAUGUACUUUCCCCAUUCUGCUAACACUGGGUGACCAGCCCCAGCAGAGCAGCUGCCUAAUGGGCUGACAGAAGAAACCUGCUACUUUCUCAUCUACCUUCCAUCUGGUGAACUUGGGCCUAAUCCCUGUGACAAGGAUGGUGGGUGCAAAGGUCGUUACAGGCCCCAGCAUCUCCUUCCCUUUGGCACAGCAACGCAACAAAGUCAGAAGUGUCACCUUCUAUCAGGUGUCCUGCUGCUGCCAUUCUAGGUGGCCGCGUCUCACCGAGUCUACUUGUAGCCGCCUGUUCUACAUCCUCCUCCACGUGGGGGCCUCAGCAGUGUGUUGCCUCCUGCUAUCAAGGACCAUAGUGGAAAGGGUCUGGGGCAAGACACAUGGGAUCCAGAUGCCCUCAGGACUGUGUGCCCAUCUGUUUGGUGACUCCCAUUGCCCUGUGCUCAGUGGCUCUGGGGCUGUUUACCGAAUAUGUGCAGGAACUGCAACUUUCCACCUGCUGCAAGCUGUGAUGCUGGUCCACCUCCACUCUCCCACCAGCCUGCGGGCACAGCUGCACAAUAGCUUUUGGAUCCCCAAGCUGCUGUUCCUGCUAGGUCUCUGUGCUGUUGCCUUCUGCAUCCCCGAUGAGACUCUCUUCCCAGCUUGGCAUUACAUCGGCGUCUGUGGAGGAUUCACAUUCAUCCUGCUGCAGUUGGUGCUUAUCACAGCCUUUGCCCAUUCCUGGAACAAAAACUGGCAGACAGGUGCAGCCCAUGACUGGCGCUGGUUCCUAGCUGUGCUGUUGGCCACCCUUGGAUUCUACGGCAUGGCAGUUAUGGCAGCUCUGCUCCUGUUCCAACAUUACACACACCCAGCUGGCUGCCUGCUCAACAAGAUGCUGCUUAGUCUGCACCUUUGCUUCUGUGGCCUCAUUUCCUUUCUCUCCAUUGCUCCCUGCAUCCGCCUCAAGCAGCCCCACUCUGGCCUUCUACAAGCCUCUAUCAUCAGCUGCUAUAUCAUGUAUCUGACCUUCUCUGCACUGUCCAGCCGUCCUCCAGAGAGUGUAACCCUUCAAGGACAGAAUCAUACCGUGUGCCUGCCUGGCCCAAGUAAAAAGGAACCCCAAACACCAGAUACUUCUUUGGCAAUGCUGAGUGCUGGCAUCACAUAUGCUUGUGUGCUCUUUGCUUGCAAUGAGGCUUCUUACCUGGCUGAGGUAUUUGGACCCUUGUGGAUAAUCAAGGUUUACAGCUAUGAGUUCCAGAAACCCUUACUCUUUUUCUGCUGCCCCCAAACAGCUGAGCCAGAAGAACAAAGGGCUGGGGUUGCUAGGCCAAAUGACCAAGAGACUUCUCCAGCUCCUCCAGUGCAAGCUCAGCAUCUGUCCUACAGCUAUUCUGCCUUCCACUUCGUCUUCUUCCUUGCAUCACUCUACGUCAUGGUUACCCUUACCAACUGGUUCAGCUAUCAGGGGGCAGAGCUGGAAAAGACCUUCACCAUGGGUAACUGGACUACCUUCUGGGUCAAGGUUGCCUCAUGCUGGGCCUGUGUACUCCUCUACCUGGGACUGCUACUGACACCACUCUGUUGGUCACCCACCGAGGUCCCCGGGCCUAUCUUUAGGCGACAUCGAAUCGUAUUGCCAGAUAACAGAUAUCCACACCAGGUUCUGUUAGCAACUAGCGCUCCCCUGAGGUUAUACCCCUAUGUUACACCCCUAUGUUACCUCAAGGACAAUGGGCUGUUAUCCCCCUUUUGGCUGAAGUCAUUACUAUGUCUGAAAUGGAAGAAGUGGCCAUACAUAAUCUAAUAUCCUGGGCAGACUUUCUGAAUCCCUUGAGCUACCAUUAAGUUUUCAUCCCAGCGCAAGAGCCUUACCCCCAAGUCAGCAGCUCAGGAACCACUGCUGAUCACAGCAGACAAUGUGGCACCAGCACUUUCCUGGCUUGUGUGGUGGACGUGGGAACAGGGAAAGACCAACAGGGACUGAAAACUUAGUUGGCUCUGCCCUUAGAGGUUAAAGGAAAAUAAGCAGUUCAGCUCUGGGCACAGGGAUAUAAGCCGCCUGGAACCAGGACACGGGAAGAAAGGAGCAGAGCGCCUACCCUAGGUUUCAAUCCUUAUCUUGAGGCCAAAUGAAAUGGGAAGACAAAAACCACCCUCAUUCCAUGAGGAAUGACAGAAGAGAAUGUAAACGCUUGAGAAUAGCUAGCCAUGGGAAGUCAGUGAGCAGCAGGAUUUUGGGCCAACUUUCAAGCAGGCGAACAAACUGAGGAAGAACAAAGAAGAGGGGCUUAGAGUAGGUUUUGGAGCCCUCCCUCUUAGGCCUUAAAGGUCUAGGUGGCAGACAAAAAUCACAAAAAAGAAUUCCCUAUCCUUAGGGGAUCCCUCUACAACAUAUCCAGAGUUGCUAUUUGUCCUAGUAUAAUAAAGAAUUUUUCUGUGAUAUUCUGUUUAGUCUACAUACCCACAACC